UUACGUAUUCAAAAUGUAAUGGAAUCACUAUCGUAGUAGUAUCUAUCAGAAUGAGUUAUAUUUAGUUUUAUUUACGUAUUUUUAUAGUAAGGAAUUAGUAUUGUUUUGAUUCUAAAAUCCCCUUUGGACAUUGCAAAUUUUGAGUCUUUUAGAGGAUACCCCAUAGGUAUUUGAAAUAUGGCCGCUACGAUCUGCUGCAAGUGCGAUAAAGAAAUCGACGACCAGGCAAUAUGCAGCUCUGGCAAGUCGUACCAUCCGGAGCACUUCACAUGUACGGAGUGCGAGAAGCCCAUAGGAAUGUCGGAGUUUAAGCUUCUGAAAAACGAGCUGGUUUGCAGCGAGUGCUUUCUGAAAAAGCAUGCCCCCAGGUGCUAUGCCUGCGGCUCUCUUAUUCGGGAGCGUGCCAUUGCUGCGGUUGGACGCAAGUGGCACGAAGAGUGUUUCAAGUGCGUCGGGUGCUGUCAAAACCUGUUGACUUCGACGUUCUUCGAAGUCAACGGGUAUCUGUUCUGUAAGGAUGACUUCCGAGAAGCCUUUUCGUCCCGUUGCGCCGGCUGUGGAGAGCCCAUCGACAAGAAAGCCAUAGUCGCCUUGAACACGAAAUGGCACCCUCGUUGCUUCGAGUGCUUCAACUGCGGAGAGCGUAUUGCCACUGAUAACUUCAAUAUCGAGGACGGAAACCCGUUCUGCCUAAAGUGUAGUGGAGAACCCACCCGAAAUCAAAUUACAAAUUAAAAUGUUCCAAAAUUUAAGCU